CACAAAAUAAAUGUCACCCAAGGGCAAUAUUUAAAAAGGCAAUUUUUCCUUCGACGACGCUUACAAACUUUGUAUUCAGCUCGCUCAGAGGAUAAAAUAAUGCGCCCCAUAUUAAAAAAAUUUUACGCUGAAAAAGUGUUAAACCGUCUCACUAAAUUAUCAAGUCUGUUGCUCGAAACAUUAAUUUGAAAAUUCCAGAGCGGAAAAUCUCAAACACGUUGUCGUUAACUAUAAAUUAGCUAAAGCUAUCGAGCUCUAAGGUAGAAAAUUGCGCCACGCAACAGUGUAAAACUUAUUUUAUCUUUUUUUUUUUUUUUUUUCUCUCACGACACCGUUAGCCGUAAGAUAAUGUAGUUUACAUUGGUCCCGUUGUGGGGUUUUAAUGAAAGAUAAAUCAAACAACGACAGUUAAAGCUAAAAUGUUGCGGAUGUAAUAACAUAGCAAGCAACAAACGUUACCUAGGCUCGUGAUAACCAAGUCUCGGCUCACCGUUAUCUCUAAGGGAAAGACUCGUCGAAAUGCCCACUGGAAGCUGUGACAUAACUCGGGACAAUAAAAUUGUGUCCCUCGAUAGAUCCUCUCUCGGGUGAAGCCAGCCGUGGGAGGAGAGUCACCGAUGAGCAUCGGUGAUAAAAAGAAGAGAAAUAAAAGCAAGAUCCCCCGUUUGGAGGAAUACCUGCAGCAGAGAGACUACCUGGGGGCCUUGACGUUAUUAGAGUUUCAGAAAAAUACUGGAGAGAAAGAGGAGUAUGCAGACCUCUGGAUUGGGUACUGUGCCUUUCACUUGGGGGAUUACAAGAGAGCUAUGGAGGAAUACAAGUCUAUGACCAUGAAAUCUGAAUGUCCAGCUGAGGUUUGGGUCUACUUGGCCUGUGCCCUGUUUUUUCUGGGACUCUAUAAAGAAGCAGAGGAGGCUGCAUCCAAGGCACCAGUAUCCCCCCUCCAAAACCGGCUGCUGUUCCACUUGGCUCAUAAGUUCAACGAUGAGAAGAGGCUGAUGAGUUUCCACCAGAACCUGGAGGAUGUGACAGAGGACCAGCUGAGCCUGGCAUCCAUCCACUACAUGCGCUCGCACUAUCAGGAGGCUAUAGACAUCUAUAAACGCCUUCUGCUGCAAAACAGAGAUUUUCUGGCUCUGAAAGUGUACGUGGCUCUGUGUUACUACAAGUUGGACUACUAUGAUGUCUCCCAAGAGGUGCUCGCUGUGUACCUGCAGAGUAUCCCUGAUUCCACUAUUGCUCUCAACCUCAAGGCCUGCAACCACUUCAGACUUUACAACGGCAAAGCAGCAGAGGCUGAGUUGAAGAACCUAAUCGACAUCUCCUCUUGCUCCUUUGAGUUUGCUAAGGAGCUUAUCCGACACAACCUGGUGGUGUUUCGUGGCGGGGAGGGCGCAUUGCAGGUACUGCCUCCUCUGAUCGAUGUGAUCCCUGAAGCCAGACUCAACCUGGUCAUCUACUAUCUCAGGCAAGAUGAUGUCCAAGAGGCUUACAACCUCAUCCAGGAUUUGGUACCCACCACGCCUCAGGAGUAUAUUUUGAAAGGAGUGGUAAAUGCUGCGUUAGGACAAAAAAUCGGAUCAAGGGACCACUUAAAAAUUGCUCAGCAGUUCUUUCAGCUGGUCGGAGGCUCGGCGAGCGAGUGCGAUACUAUUCCUGGCAGACAGUGCAUGGCCUCCUGCUUCUUUCUCUUGAAACAGUUUGAAGACGUUCUCAUUUAUCUCAACUCAGUCAAGGGUUACUUCUACAAUGAUGAUACAUUCAAUUUCAACUAUGCUCAGGCUAAAGCAGCAAUUGGCAACUACAAAGAAGCAGAAGAGGUUUUUCUGCUUAUUCAGAGUGAAAAGAUCAAGAGCGACUAUGUUUACCUCAGCUGGUUGGCACGAUGCUACAUAAUGAACCAGAAGGGUCAGCUUGCCUGGGAGCUCUACCUGAAGAUGGGAACUUCCUCAGAUUCCUUCCAUCUGCUGCAGCUCAUUGCCAACGACUGCUACAAGAUGGGUCAGUUCUACUAUGCAGCAAAGGCAUUUGAUGCACUGGAGAAGCUGGACCCAGCCUCCAACUACUGGGACGGAAAAAGAGGGGCGUGUGUCGGCAUCUUCCAGCUUGUACUGGCAAACAAGGAGUCCAAGGAGACCCUUAAAGAGGUGCUGACCCUCCUGCGAAAUUCAGGAAACCCCCAGGUUGAGUAUAUCAUCCGAACUAUGAGGAAGUGGGCCAAAGACAACAGAGUCCUCCUCUCGUGAGAGCCUUCAGUGCUGAGCUUCUGCUCCCUCCAAGCCUGCAAUAAGAGCAGUUCCCGUCAUUCAAGCAGCAGCAGUCAUAAUCUAUGCCACAUGAAGAAAGAUUUAUAUUUCUUUACUAUACUGUAGUUCUCUGUAUUAAAUGUGUUGAUUUUCAAUUUGCAAUUUUGUAUGUAGCUGUAUUUAGAUUAAACACAUAAUUUAACCUGACUAAACUUUUUGUUUUCUAUCUGAUACAGUACCUGUAUCAGAUCUGUACUAGUAACUGAGGGUUUUGAGUUUUAGUGUUGACUCUGGAAAAAUACUUUACUUUGUAAAAACCCAUAAACGUUGAAUAAAAGUACAUCCUUUGAAGUACA